AGUAGUUGUGUUAAAUUUUGACAGCAUUCAGAGCAUUCAUUAACUGCUUUCACAAAACCCAACCACAGAAAGUAAUUCAAAUGUUUUCAAAACUUUCGCUGAUAUUUCUAAUAUUGAGUGGCUGUUGCAAUGACCUUUUCGCGGAGCAGUUAAACGGUCAGCAGGUCACAUACUUGCAUACAGGUAUACCUCAUGUCCAGGACGCUUUGACUGUGCUGCAGACGCUAUACUCACAGAAUCGUGUGCAUAUCUAUUGCCGUCGUGAUCAGCCGCUAAGGCUGAGGAAUAUCUUUCAGAGCAAUCGACUGCAGCUAAUCUCAAAAGCGGCCAACACGGAGUACAUCCAGUACAGGGCGUCGACGGCACAGGGUGUAUAUGACGCACACAAGCAACGCCGGGAAUGCUAUGAGGGCAAAUUCCUAGCUGGCAGGGCUAAACGCGUCCACUACAUCUCGCUUUCAGCACAUGCGCAUUCCUGCUAUGGCAUCUACACGGAUCAGGCCUACAAUCUAACGCUAUUGCAGGAGCGCUGCGAUAAGGAGCGCUUGGUACGCUUUAUGCUGGGAGUAGGACUGUGGGUGAUAGAAGCAACAACUAUUGUCGGCGAAUCCUUAAUUUGUGUUUACUGUGUGGCCGCCGUGAUGGGCAUUCAUUUGGCCAGCGUUGUCGUGGUUUGUGUGGCUCUAAUGUGUCACGGCGAUCAUAAAAUGCGCAGCAUCCAGCCAUUGAGUACGAACUUUAAGCUUGUGCUCGAACAGUUUCCGACCAGCGUGGCAGUGUCCCUCGUUGCUGGCGCCUUUAUGCUGGUCAACGCGUGUCAGGACUACCAGGAUAUGUGGACCCAGCGCUGGGUGCGUCGUGCCCAUUGUCGCUUUCUGCGUUUGCUGGCCUAUCUGCUCAUCCUGGGGGCUUCGAAUGAUGCUAAGUUUGGCUGGAUAUGCGUUAGUUUGCUGCUGCCUUGGCCGGAGCUUUGGUGGGUGCUGCAGUGGAUCCAACUGAAGUUCAUAAAAUUGCAACGUAAAGUCAUGCCGCCUAUGCCCAGAAAUCUGCUCAGCGAACGCGAAUUCGAAGCACAGGCUGGCUACGAGACUCAGCGCGCCUUAAGCGAGAUGCGUCAGCGUUUACGUGCGACUGCGCCCGACUGGGAGCAGCUGGCACAACUGCAGGCACCGCAGCAGUUCGCUCAAUUUCUAAGCAGCGGCACCCACGAGCCAGAGAAACCAAAGUGGCGCAGCGGCACAGAGAUGCACAGUCGGCAUGUCCAGACCGCCGAGCCAACUGAUCCAGAUCCAGAGGCAACGAUGCUGCGCCAUUUGGCAGCUGUUAUGAAUAGUGAUUCGUCUCACUCUGCUCGCUCCAGCUCUGCCUCCGCCGACUCGUUCUGUAGGCAAUUGCACUGUACGGGCUCUACGCGCAGCCUGCAGGACGGUUCACGCAUGUACCACGUCUAGCAUGCAUUUGAUAAUUGAAAAGUAAAACCUUCUAAUGGCAGUCGAAUGUCCAUCAAAAAAAAAAAG